AUGGCCAGAAUGGACUAUGUUAAAGCAUCCAUCACCUCUGUCUAUGGAAGAAUAUUGAAAAUGGACUCUACGAAGAAAAUUGUGAGAAAACUUGCAGGAGGUAGUGCUGGUACUGCUUCCUGGGCCACUAAUGUCGGAAAUGAAAUUGGACAAGUGCUCACGUCAGUGAUGACUGUCAAUGAAGGAACUGGGUUGGAAAACAUGGCAAAUGGACUAAUGAGAAGAUAUUCUUUAGCUGGUGUCUCACCUCCUGAGGUCCUUUAUGUUGACAGAGAUUGUUGUUCCACUGGCAAGGCUAAGAAGCUAUUCUCACUCUGGGACAAUUUAGUGAUCCGCCUUGAUAUUUGGCACUUUAUGAGAAGAAUUGCUGCUGGAUGUAACGCAGAGGCCCAUCCACUCUAUAUUUGUUUUUGUCGGUCGUCUAUCACAAUGCAUCUUCCAAUGGAGCAAAGAAGAUCUGGAUUUAUUGAAGUCUGCCAAAAGAGGUGA